GCAGGGUCUGCAGCAGGCGGGAAGCGGCGCGCGGCGGCGGGAGGCGCAGGUUCCGUGGAGCUGCAGUGUCCGUGCAGAGUUCAGGAGGAUGAAAGUCAUCACGUGCGAAAUAGCCUGGCACAACAAGGAGCCGGUGUACAGCCUAGACUUCCAGUACGCCACAGCAGGGAAAAUCCAUAGACUUGCGUCUGCUGGGGUGGACACUGCAGUCAGGAUCUGGAAGGUAGAGAAAGGACCAGAUGGAAAAGCCAUCGUGGAAUUUUUGUCUAAUCUUGCUCGUCACACCAAAGCUGUCAAUGUCGUGCGUUUUUCUCCAACUGGGGAAAUUUUAGCAUCAGGAGGAGAUGAUGCCGUCAUUCUGCUGUGGAAGGUGAACGACAACAAGGAGCCAGAGCAGGUUGCUUUCCAGGAUGAGGAUGAGGCUCAGCUGAAUAAGGAGAACUGGACUGUUGUGAAAACCCUGAGGGGUCACUUAGAAGACGUAUAUGACAUUAGCUGGACAACUGAUGGGAAUUUAAUGGCUUCUGCUUCUGUGGACAACACAGCCAUCAUAUGGGAUGUUAGUAAAGGUCAAAAGAUUUCAAUUUUUAAUGAACAUAAAAGCUAUGUACAGGGUGUAACCUGGGACCCUUUGGGUCAAUAUGUGGCCACGCUGAGCUGUGACAGAGUGCUGCGCGUGUACAGCACACAGAAGAAACGCGUGGCUUUUAAUGUUUCCAAAAUGCUGUCUGGCGUUGGUGCAGAGGGAGAGGCCAGAAGCUACCGGAUGUUCCACGAUGACAGCAUGAAGUCCUUCUUUCGAAGGCUCAGCUUCACGCCCGAUGGGUCCCUUCUUCUCACCCCAGCUGGAUGCGUAGAAUCUGGGGAAAAUGUCACCAACACCACCUACGUUUUCUCCAGGAAGAACCUGAAAAGGCCGGUUGCCCACCUUCCGUGUCCCGGGAAGGCGACACUCGCCGUGCGCUGCUGUCCAGUCUACUUUGAGCUGAGGCCGGUGGCAGAACCAGACAGAGUCACUCAGGAGCCAGCCAGAGAGCUGGUGCGCUUGCCCUAUCGCCUGGUGUUUGCAGUGGCCUCCGAGGACUCCGUGCUGCUGUAUGACACCCAGCAGCCAUUCCCCUUUGGCUACGUGUCCAACAUCCACUACCACACACUCAGUGACAUUUCCUGGUCCAGUGAUGGGGCCUUCCUGGCCAUCUCGUCUACAGAUGGGUAUUGUUCCUUUGUGACAUUUGAGAAAGAUGAACUUGGCGUCCCUUUGAAAGAGAAGCCGGUGUUGCACAUGAGGACUCUGGACACAGUGAAGAAGGCUAAGAGUCACACUCACCAGGGCUCUUCGCCAGGGCCUAGGCCUGCAGAGGGGACCCCCACCUCCAAAGUGCAGGAGCCAAGCAGCCCCUCUGCGACCCCCUCACUGGCAGGACAGGCCUUGGCCACAGCACCAGCCCCAGUGGCCAUCAGGGAUGUACCUGCAGUGACGCCUGGUACCAAGGGCUCCUCCCCAGGGCCUUCUGAGGACGCAACACUGCAGAAUACAAAAGGCCACCCAUCCCGGAGGGUCACACUGAACACCCUGCAGACCUGGAGCAAGACCACGCCCCGGAGAAUAAACUUAAUAUCCUUGAAAACAGAGAGUCCGCCAAAUUCCAUCCCAGCCAGCAUAGUUCCUACAUCUUCUACUGAAGAAAGUCCAUCAGAGAUCCCUGGAGACCCCCAGGACAGCCCCCUAGAGCUAAAACGGCCCAGGCUGGAUGAAAACCAAGGAGGCCUCACAAACCUGGACUCUUGACAGGACCUAGGCCUCUACUUGGAGCUGCCAGGCCUGGGCGCCGCGCCUGUGUGUGCACUGAGGGGUGCCAGGGCCAGGUGGCACCAGCCUGGCAGACCAAGGCUGGGGACCUGCUCCCGUGACUCGCUUCCUGCAGGAGUGUGAGCUCCUGGACUAGUGCCCACAGGUGCCGUGCAGACGAGUGCGCCCUGGACGAGCAUCUGAGACCGGAGCUGCGCUCGGCCUGGGCUCCGCAGGGCAGCACGGCCCGGAUGGUGGUUCCCACCUCGGA